AUGUCUCGUUCUUCCUCUUCUCAAUCUCCUCUUGUACGAUUGGAAUAUGAUGAAAUGAAGAAUACUAUGCCUAAACAUAUUAUUUUUUUAUCAAUAUUUGGAGGUAGAAGUCAUGUUAAACCUAAAUUGGAAAUAGGACAAAUGUUAGUUGAUCGUGUCGCUCCAAAUUCAAAUGAAAUAAUCGCUCGUGAACAUCCCAAGAUCGAGCUCAUCACAAUCGAUCCAAUCCGGGAAGGAAACCUGUUUCUCAACGAACAUUACAAUUUUCGACACUUGCGUGCGUUCUAUCAAAAUAUUGAAAACUAUUAUUCGUACGUUUUUCCUAUAUUGUUAAAUGCCGCAAUCGAAAGACAAGCAGAUUUGUUGAUAUGUGGAAUGGAACGGAUGGCAGAAGUUUGUGCGGAUGUUGCUUGGGUUUUGGGAUUACCCAUUGUGUUAAUGUUAGAGCAUUAUGAAUUGAGUGCAGCUGCACCUUACAAAUCAGAUCCU